AUGCUGUGCUUGGUUUACGGAAAUGGAGAUGUCAAGCAUAUGAAGCUGGUGGUGAAUAUGUUGAGGCACUUGGUCAAUUUAGCAUCGACGGUUUAUCCAUGUUGCCCUCCCUCUCUGCAGAUUCCUCCCAUCGACAAGAUGGCUAACGACGAAAAGGUGCGCCUCUCGACCCUCCAAUGCGACAUCGUCUUCGAGGAUGUGUCCUUUACCUAUCCCACUCGCCCUGACGUCCUGGUCCUCGAUCACUUCUCGUGGCACCUCCGACCCGGUCAAAAUCUCGCCAUCGUCGGCGCCAGUGGUUCAGGCAAAAGUACGUUGGUUCAACUCCUCCAACGUCUGUAUGAUCCUGACUCGGGUCGGAUCACAGUUGACGGUGUGGAUCUGCGUGAUCUUGACCUGGCUUGGUGGCGAUCCUGUCUCGGAGUGGUGUCGCAGGAGCCCACUCUCUUCGCGGGCUCAUUGAGGAAGAACAUCUGUUUGGGGAAGCCAAAUGCCACAUUGGAGGAGGUGGAAGCAGCUGCCAAACUGGCACACGCUCACGACUUUAUCUCAAGGCUGCCCGAGGCUUACGAGACUGUAUUCGUGGCACAGGAUGGUGGAGGGGUGAUGUCAGGAGGUCAGAAGCAGCGGGUGGCUAUUGCGAGAGCUCUUAUUCGAGAUCCGAAACUGCUGUUGCUGGAUGAGGCGACAUCGGCGUUGGAUACGCGGUCGGAGAAGGCGGUGCAAGUGGCAUUGGAUGAGGCGAGGAAGGGUAGGACAACGGUGACAGUGGCGCAUAGACUGUCGACGGUGCGAGACGCAGAUGUGAUAUUGGUGAUGGAGAGAGGGCGCGUGGUGGAGGCGGGCAGUCAUGAGGAGUUGAUGGUGCGGGCUGGAGUGUAUGCCAAUUUGGUGAUGCGUGGACUGAAAGAGAAGGAGGAUGAGUCAGAUGAUGAUAGUGACGACGACAAUGCGGGAAGCAUCAUUAGAGCUACUCAACAGAUCCUCCUUGUGGACGACCCCCAAACACGAUUCUAUCGUACCUCCAUCAUUUGUGGCGCUUUCGGUGGUCUAGUCGCCAUUCACCUCAUCUGCUAUACUCUUGAUGGCUAUGCUUUCGGUGUGGCAGGUGAGCGUUUGACAACACGAUGUCGAAUCCUGCUCUUCGAGACCAUUCUCAAACAGGAGGUUGGAUGGUUCGACAUUCCCGAGAAUCAGCCGGACGCUCUUGCGGGUCGGCUGGCUGCUGAUGUACCGACGUUGCAGAACAUGACAGGUCGUCGGUUGGCGUCCAUGUUGGAGACAUUCGUUUUCAUCGUCUCCUCUCUCUUCAUCGCUUUUUUCUUCAGCUGGCAAAUCGCCCUUGUGUCUCUCGCCUACUUUCCUAUUCUAGUCAUUGCUGGCGUUUUCGAGAUGCAGACGUGGAGCGCAGAGGUGACACGGAAGAGUGUGAAGGGUGCGUCUUUGGCGCAAGAGGUCUUCUCCGCCUCCAAGACCGUCUCCGCGUUGCAAGCUGAGGAGUAUUUUACUGACAGCUAUACUAGUCAGGCUCUUCUCUCUCGUUCUCUCCAAGAGUUGAGGCCUUUCGGAGGUAACGGAACUACUGCUGUUGGUAUAUUCCAGCGUCCUUCAUACCCUGUCAAAAAUAUGACAGCUUUCGCUGGAGAAUCGGGUCACCAUGAACUACAUUACCCUCUGGUGUUCAACCCAUCUUCUCGCUUCUUUAUGCUGAUAAGCAGUGCAGCAGGACCUCCGUUGGAAGCUCAAAGCUCCCUUUUCUUGGAGCCGCCCAAGAAGUAG